AUGCCUCGAGAUCCGCUCAUCGGGCUCGUGGGGAAGCCGUCGGCCGGGAAGAGCACCAUGCUCAACAGCCUGACCGACGCUUCCUCCAAAGUCGGCAACUUUCCGUUCACAACCAUCGACCCGCAGCGGGCGAUAGGCUACCUCCAGAUCGACUGCGCGUGCGCGCGGUACAAGGUGUCGGAGCGGUGCAAGCCCAACUACGGCGCGUGCGUCGACGGGCGGCGCUCGGUGCCCAUCGAGCUGCUCGACGUCGCGGGGCUGGUCCCCGGCGCGCACCAGGGCCGCGGCCUGGGCAACAAGUUCCUCGACGACCUGCGGCACGCCGACGCCCUGAUCCAUGUGGUUGACGCCUCGGGCACCGUCGACGCCGAGGGCAAGGAGACGCGCGGCUACGACCCCUCGGUCGACAUCGCCUGGCUGCGGAGCGAGGUCGUGGCCUGGAUCCUCGGCAACCUGAUGCAGCGGUGGGGGUCCGUCCGGCGCAGGCACAUGGCCGUCAAGGCGUCGGCCGUGGAGACGCUGCAGGGCCAGUUCUCGGGCUACGGCGCCACGCUGACCGUCAUCAACCGCACGCUCGACCGCUCCGGCGUCAAGGAGCCCCUCGAGGACUGGUCCGACGCGACGGUCGAGCACGUCGUCAACAGCUUCGUCGACGAAAAGUUCCCCACCGUCAUCGCCCUCAACAAGAUCGACCACCCGGACGCCGACAAGAACAUCUCCAAGAUUGCCAAGAUGCAGGACCCCAACACCAUCGUGCUCUGCUCCGCCAUCUCCGAGAUCUUCCUGCGCAAGAUGGCCAAGCAGGGGUACAUCAAGUACGUCGAGGGCAGCGAGUUCGUCGACACGCGGGAGGACCUGGUGGAGCAGGGCGACCCCGCGGGCGGCGGGCUCAAGGAGCUGGACGAGAAGAACCGCAACCGGAUAGAGAACCUCAAGGACAUGGUCCUGUACCGGUUCGGUUCCACGGGCGUCGUCCAGGUCCUCUCACGGGCGGCCAACCUGCUCGGCCUGGUGCCCGUCUUCCCCGUCAGGAACACGACGACGUUUAGCUCCGGAGCCAGCGAGUCCAAGUUUGUCUUUCGGGACUGCGUGCUGGUGAAGAAGGGGUCGACGGUCGGCGACGUGGCCAAGAAGGUCAUGGGCGACGCGCCCAUCGCGUUCGUCGAGGGCGCGGGCAACCUGAGAGUGGCCGAGGACGACGUUGUCGCGGUGGGGAAGAACGACGUGUUGUCGUUCAAAGUUGGGCGGGCUUGA